ACGUUUUGGAAGAGGGAGGAUAUUUUUUUUUCUUGCUGGUACACAUUAAAAACAGUACAGAAAAUAGAACUACUCAAUACAGAAUUGAGAUAGAUCAUUUCGAACACACGUCGAAAAGAUGUUGCAAAACUACCAACUCUGUAGAUGAGUAACUGGAGUAACUCCUCCUCUAGGGUCAUUGUAUUUUGGUAAAAGACUCAGUUGAUCAUUUUAACUGGAUUCAGCAGGAUUCCUAACUUGGCCUAAAAAUGAUUACUCUUAUCAUUGCGAGUGGGCUGCUUGCACUGGCUGCUGGGAAACCGUGUGCAUCUGAUCACAAGGCUCUUCUCCAGUCCCUCAAUCAGCAGCUGCUGCGCUCUGUGGAUACACCAGAUAACCUUCCCAAUCCCAGUGUGCACAUUGCCCUGCGGCUCUCAACACACCAUAACCUAAUUAAAGAGAGCCAACAUCUCAACCACCUCAAGACAGAGUUUCACGAUGAUAUUGAGAAAUCUCUCAGAAAUGGUAAAUUGGUGGUUGGCCGCCUUGCCCUGUACAUCUUGGCUUUGAAGUCUUCCUGUCAUGAUCUGCAGAGCUUACAUCUCAGUCAUAAUGAGAUGAAGGAGCCCCUCCUCACUCACCUUAAGAAAGAAAUGGAGGAAGAGAAACAGAACAUUGCAUUUAGUCAUCGUCCAAAGACCAACUACUACCAGUACUCUCUGGGCAUUCUGGCUCUAUGUGUGAGCGGAGUUAGAGUCAGCACACAUGUCAGCCACAAGCUCAUCCAUGCUGUGGAACACGCACAGGUAAAACAUGGAGAGUCCUUAUGUGUCGACUCGUAUGCGAUGGCAGGCAUGGCCUUGCAGUGUCUGAAAAACGAGGAAACGGCUGUGAAAGAUACUGCAGAGCUGGACAAGGCUCUUGCCUCCAUUAAGCAGAGGCUUCUUGACUCUAAGAGAGCUGAUGGUCACAUGGGCAACGAGUUCAGCACGGGAUUGGCAGCACAGGCAUUGUUGGCUAUGGGCAGUCAGAUGGAAGAAUGUGCCUCUGCUUUGGAGGCUUUAAGGGCAGAUGUUAAGAAAGGAACAUACCAUAACCCUAUGGCAGUCUCCCAAGUCCUGCCUGCCCUGAACCAACAAUCCUAUCUUAAUCUGAAGAGCAAAGAAUGCCACAAUGAGGAUGACACUCUUACUGUUGAUGCGGAUUCCACUUCGGAAGUUCUUCCAAGUCUCAGAGAAGUGUCUCUAAAGGUGGAGGUUAUUAAAUCAAAUGGUGCGUCAUCAGUAUUUUCCAUCAAUGUGCUCAGAGGCUCCUCGCUUUUUGAAGCCCUCAACCUUCUCCAAGACAAACAAACUGGUUUCACCUUUAGCACAGAGAACAGCUUGUGGGGCCCCUUCCUCAGUGUGGUCAAUGAAGAACAAGCACGUCAGACUGAUCGUAGAUACUGGCAGGUCUCCUCAGAUGGCACCUCUCUGACACAGGGUAUCAAUGACUAUAAGAUUGGCUCAGCUCAAAGCAUCACCAUUAAGAACACUGGGUACUGAGUCCACCGCUGAAUGCAAGAGAUUAAUGGGCUGAAAUGAAUAUGAAUUCUAUUGUUAUAAUUGUCUUUGAUUUGAUUUUCUUGUUAUACACUGAUUUCUGUUUGAUUGUUGCCAUUGAUUUGAUUGUUGUUUAAAGUUCAUGUUAACAAGAAUCAGAACAUAUCAAUGUAGUUUUUUUUUUUACUUAGAGAUUUAAUACUCAUAUAUAUUUUUAAAUCGAACAUGUCUUUGUAUGUGAAGCUGCAGUUGCUACCAUUUUAGAUUAACAAAUAUAAAAUAAAUAUUACAAAUAUUUUAAAAA